GGCGCUUUGGAGUAACAAACUGAAGGGGUUGGGUUUAAGUCAUGAACUUAAAUACAUACUUCACAUCUUUCAGUUAAGGUGUGUGCACAUCGGGGGUGUUUUGAUUACCUGCGGUGCAUGGUCAGCGAUGCCUGUUACAUCCCAGUUGCUCAGGGCUUUGCCCCGUGCCAAGGUCUUUGCCAGCAGUCUGUUACCAUGCCAACAUCACCAGUCCCACAUUGGUUCCCUUCCAGCCCUGACAGGGCCGUCUCACACGUGGCUUACACAUCGGGCAGGAAGAUGCUAUCAGACGUCCUCUGUGUCCCACAAUUACAUCCUGUCCCCCCCGCAGGUCAACUCCAUUCUCAAAGCCAAUGAGUACAGCUUCAAGGUACCAGAGUUUGACGGGAAAAAUGUGUCAUCUGUGAUGGGUUUUGAAAGCAACCAACUUCCGGCCAACGCACCCAUCGAGGAUCGCAGGAGUGCAGCUACUUGCCUCCAGACUCGUGGAAUGCUCCUGGGUGUGUUUGAUGGACACGCCGGCUGUGCCUGCGCACAGGCACUGAGUGAGAGGUUGUUUUACUAUAUAGCGGUUUCACUGCUCCCCCAUGACACCUUGUGUGAACUAGAGGCUGCGAUGGAGGCCGGCAGAGCCCUCACUCCCAUCCUGCAGUGGCAUAAACACCCCAAUGACUACUUCAGCCGGGAGGCUCAGAGUCUCUACUUGAACAGCCUGAGAACCUACUGGCAGGAGCUGAUUGACCUAACCAGCCCAGGUGAGGUUCCAGACACUCGUGAGGCCCUUUUGAACGCCUUCAAGAGGCUGGACAAUGACAUUUCUCUGGAAGCACAGGUUGGAGACUCAAAUGCGUUUCUGCACUACUGGGUUCUGAGAGUGGCCUUUUCUGGAGCUACAGCCUGCGUGGCUCACAUCGAUGGACCUGACCUCUAUAUAGCCAAUGCAGGGGAUGCUCGAGCUGUGUUGGGGGUGCAGGAGGAGGACGGUUCGUUCAGCGCUCACACGCUCUCUUACGACCACAGCGCUCAGAACGAGAAGGAGGUUGCACGGAUACGAAGUGAGCACCCUCAUUCUGAGAGGAAGACCGUCAUUCGUCAGGACAGAUUGCUUGGUUUGCUCAUGCCGUUCCGUGCAUUUGGGGACGUUAAGUUUAAGUGGAGCAUCGAACUACAGAAGCGCGUUCUGGAGUCUGGACCUGAUCAACUUCACGAGAACGAGCACACAAAGUUCAUCCCUCCUAACUACCACACACCCCCCUACCUGACCGCCGAGCCAGAGAUCACAUACCACAGGCUGCGGCCACAGGACCGCUUCUUGGUGAUUGGCUCAGAUGGUCUCUGGGAGACCCUCCACCGGCAGGAAGUGGUCCGUAUCGUCGGCGAGUAUUUGACAGGGGUUCACCAGCGUCAGCCGCUCAAAGUGGGAGGCUACAAGGUGACUCUGGGACAGAUGCAGGGUCUGCUAGAAGAGCGAAAGGCCCGAAUGUCCUCAGCCUUCGAAGACCAGAACUCGGCGACGCACCUGAUACGGCACGCGGUGGGAAACAACGAGUUUGGCACGGUUGACCACGAGAGGUUGUCGAAGAUGCUGUCGUUGCCCGAGGAGCUGGCUCGAAUGUACCGCGAUGACAUCACCAUCAUCAUCACUCAGUUCAAUCCUCAUGUGAUUGGAGCACAGAGACAGGAGGAGUCAUGAGCUACUCCAAAGUUAUUUCCUGAUUAUUUCUUUUCUACUGACUGUUUUUCAGUAGUGCACCACAGAUUUAAAAAUGGAGAACACAGGAUGCUAACACAACAGGCCAUAUAAUAUAUCUGCCUAAGUUUUUUUAAACACUAUUUAUGGCAUGCAGCAAAACUGACAGCUUUUUAUGGUUUUAAAUUAGUCAACAGGUAAUCAGAUCAACUUGCCGUUUUUUUUUUUUGUUUUUUUUUUUAUAUCCCUGCAAGUCUUGUUAAGCAGCCAUUUUUAUACACAUCGGUGUCUAUUGGUUUUAUUUUCACUUUAGAACCAAAAUAGCUUUAUCCUUUCUGUCUGCCGAAACUCCUCUGGGGGAGAAGAAUGGAGCAGUUCUGGUCAACAGGCCCGACUUUGAACCAGGAAGCUGCUGGUUUGAGAUUCUCAGGGCAAACUAGUUACCAACAUCUCAGUUUUUAUGGUAUCACAUGACUGACUCCCAAAUUUAAUGCUAAGACGCUCCACAUGAUCUAAUAACAGACGCACUGAUGUGACUUUUUUUCUUGGCAGAUACCGGUUUUCAUUUUUCUUUAAGGUUUGACCGGCAGACUAGCAGCUACAACUGUUAUUUUCACUGCUGCAUAAAUGACAUAACUUUAACUGUUACAACCAUAGUGAUGUACAUACGGCUUAUUUAUGGUUUUAAACAUACUAGUUUUCUGAUGUUCUUUGGGCCAAAUGUUACACUUUUCUCUUCUUAAUCGACUUACAACAUAUAACAAGCUAAAGUUAGUUAGCUAGUCGGGCUGUAAGACACACUGCUUUUAGCUUGUUAGCUGUAGUUAUAAAACCGUGGUGUCUUGAUUAUAAGUGAUGUUUAGUGAAGCUUAGCGACUCUCUGUCAGCCACCUGACCAACUUUAGCAGUCAGCUAGUUUCGGUCACCCCAGCUCCUCCGGGUUCUUUAAGAACCACAGGAAGGCUUAAGGAGAAUGUUUGCAGUUUUGUAACCAGGGCGUUUAAUUCCUUGGUUCCUUUAAACCAUUAACUGCUCCAUGCUUAAUUUACUGGUUUAUAGCACUUUUUUCUGCUUCUCUUUUCACCUCAAAGCUAAGUUACAUUCUUUUUGUUACAAAGACUUUUAGAGAUGUUUUAGUCCAGGUAGCUGGUUGGAUGUUGAUGGGAUGUUCAUGGCUGCUGCUCUUUAGGUGGAAAACGAAUUUGUCUGUUCAGGAUAAUGAACUUUCAGUUUAUUGGGCAGCACCUUGGGCAUUAGAAACUGGGAGAGGUUGCACAAAAUACUUUACUGGUUUAAACAUGAAGUAGUCUAAUAUUUUAGCUCACAACUUGAUAUUUACAUAAUCUGAAGAGAGCAAAGCACAAAACUUGUUUUCCUCUGAUAUCUGCAGCUUUAUUUUCUCUGACGGCUGCAUUUCUUUGCUUGGAGAGGCGCUAUGAGGGGAGUUAUUUUCCUCUUAUGUAAGAGCAGAGGGUGUGUUCAUAUAACCAAGCAGAUGCAGUCGCUAAGCUCCACUCCCCUGCUUCUUUCUAAACAUAAGGGUCAAGGAGCUGCAUUAGUUAUUUCUUUCGACAGCUUAUUACGAGUUUAUUUUACUCCUGGAUUUUUCACUUACUCGUAAUCAAUGGUUGCUGCUGUGUAUAACGUUGGUAUUUAUGAUGGAUGUGUGUUUUUAAAAGGAGGCUGUUUCAACAUCAAAUAUUUAUUGUGCCUCAGCAGCAUGUUACACAUCUUCUCUGUUGUAUGUAUAAAUUGUAACUUAUGGGGGUUGGGUUUUGAAUGGGGAAUAAAAUGCUGAA